AGCCAAGCGUCAGGGUGGUUUACGGACAGCGAGAAAGAAAGUGCAGCGAUAUGGCCAGUUUCCGUAUGACGAAUCUGGAGUACCGAACACGCGAUAAAAUCCGCGUCGUGCCUCGACAUUUCCUCGACGUUUCCGAAGAUCGUGAUUAAAAGAGACAACGGAAGCCUCGCAUGUUGGCAGACUUUGCGGAUUGAAACGCCAUCGAGGUUCAUAUAAUAAUCAAUGAUUGAUGUUGACAACGUGACUCAUCAAAAUUUUCAAAAUCUAUCUACGUCAAUGGCUUCGUUCAGAGACGCUAUGUUUAGAUGUAAUUCAGAUGUUCAUUGAUCCACGAGGAAGCGGAAGUGAUCGUCCGGUGGGAAAGAUUUUCGGGCGAGCGGCUAACAACUUCCGUUCGAUCUUCGUCGAGAGCAUUCGCCGGAUUUCCGAACGAUAGAAUGUGUAGUUGAUCGAAGGACAGGAGUCUCUUUGAUGUUCGCGAGUUCAAAAUCUCAUCGAUCCCUCCCGUCGAUGAAUUCUUUAUGACGUACUCUGCAUAUUCCAUUGCAUGCACCGCUCUUUCUUUGGGCCAUUCGUAUCAUUCUCCAUACUCUCUGCUCUCUUCAGGAAUGACGUGGCACUUUCUGCUGAUCAUAUUCUGCUACUUAUACGCCUUGCUCGACAUGACUGCCCCGCAUUUUCCAGAACUGGACUUCGAUGAGUACGGGAAAAAGGAAACUUCUUUAUCGCUGAGAGACAUAUUGCCUUUGAAUCCGAAGCAAUACGAUAAGCACCGAGCACCAAAAUUUCUCGGCCAGCCCACCGUCGUUUAUUUUCAUGUGACAGUGCUCAGCCUGGACUCGAUAAAUGAGGAAUCGAUGACAUACGUGGCUGACAUAUUUCUCGCUCAGAGUUGGCGGGACUCUAGGCUGCGGCUACCGGAAAACAUGUCCGAGGAUUAUCGAAUACUUGACGUGGAUUGGUUGCACAAUAUCUGGAGACCCGACUGCUUCUUCAAGAAUGCGAAGAAGGUUACUUUCCACGAGAUGUCGAUACCAAACCAUUAUCUCUGGUUGUAUCACGAUAAAACGUUGCUUUACAUGUCCAAAUUGACAUUGGUGCUCUCAUGCGCAAUGAAGUUCGAGUCCUAUCCUCAUGACACUCAAAUUUGCUCGAUGAUGAUCGAAAGCUUAUCGCACACGACUCAGGAUCUGAUAUUCCUAUGGAACAUGACCGAUCCCCUCGUGGUUAAUCCGGAAAUCGAGCUGCCGCAACUCGACAUAUCGAACAACUACACGACUGACUGCACGAUCGAAUACUCGACCGGAAACUUCACGUGCAUACAGAUUGUCUUCAAUCUGCGCCGGAGACUGGGUUAUCACCUGUUCCACACGUACAUCCCGUCCGCUCUGAUCGUCGUCAUGUCCUGGAUCGCCUUCUGGAUCAAGCCGGAAGCCAUCCCGGCGCGGGUCACCCUUGGCGUGACGUCACUGCUGACCCUCGCUACUCAAAACACGCAAUCUCAACAGUCCUUACCGCCGGUCUCGUAUGUAAAGGCGAUCGACGUGUGGAUGUCUUCGUGCAGCGUGUUCGUCUUCCUGUCCCUCAUGGAAUUCGCAGUAGUGAACAACUACAUGGGGCCAGUCGCCACGAAGGCCAUGAAAGGGUACUCGGACGAAGAUCUUCGCGAGGCCAUCGACGACUUCAAGACGCCAAUGAGGCCGGAUGCCGAAAGAAGCAGAAGUCCAACGAGGCCACCGACGGUUCAGUAUGAGCAGUGCUGCCAAGGACGAGCCACCGCCAUUUACAUCGACAAGGUUUCCAGAUUCUUCUUCCCCUUCUCGUUCUUCAUCCUUAAUGUCGUCUAUUGGAGCACAUUCCUGUAAUGCAACUCGGCAAGACGCAUGCCCGAGAGUCGAAUGCGCUUUUAAAGACAUCGAAUUACGGAAAGAAUAUCACGUAGGAUGCGGCCAUAAAUUUGUCGAAACAAGCUAACGGAAAAUGUAUCCCGCGAACUAUCAUGUAUAAAGUACGGCACAAUAAAAGAAAAAGUGUAAUAAAAUCCGCAUAUUUAUUGGAGACAUGUCUAAUGGAUUGUGAUAAGAGAAAUAAACCGAUCUGUGUUCAUUACAAGACACAGUAAAAUGUCCUGUAACAAAUUGUAAGAAAUGUGAUGAUACACGUAUACAUGUAUAGUUAUAGAUGACUAAGCCAUCUCAAAGAUAUUUGGAAUCUCUUUCAACUUUCGUAAAUUUUGACUAAUUUAUAUAAUUUAUUUUUUAGUAAGGAAAUUAUAAUUUAUAUUGUAUUAAAAUCUCAUUAAGAUAAGAAAGAAUGUGUUUGUUCGAAAAUUUUAUGAAUUUUAAUUUAAUCAGUGUAUAGGUAUGCGAUACGGUUUACAAUGUUUCAAUUAAUUAAUUAAUGUACAUGAAUUACUCACCUGUUCAUCAUAUUUGUGUUUACAACAACAUAAUAUCGAAGUCAGGAACUUUGAGAUUAUAUAAUGUUACAUUUACGAUAAAUUAUACUAACUAGUUAUCACGUAUAUAAUAUAAAAUAAAAUCCGUAGUAUAUGUACGUCUCUCACAUUAUAAUUUUGUACAAAAAUUUUAAUUUAAUUGUGAUAGGACCGGUAGAUAUUUAUAUUAAUUUAAAAUAGAAUCUUUAGAAAUAAAAGAAAACAUUUACUAUAAAGGAAGAUGAGAAAAAGCAAAAUUUAAAAAGUUGUUAAAAGGAAGUAACGAAAGAAACUGCAACUUGAAAAAUAUAAACAUUUGACUGAUAGUCUUUACAAUAUACGUAAUAUAUUAUGUAAUAUGCACGUAAUAAUGUAAUAACGUAUUUUUCUUAAUUUAUGAACAAUAGCAUUAGACUGUUAUCAAAAAUAACGCGAGUGUAGUUCAAUUGCUGUUCUGUUCAGUAACCGAACUUAAAUAUCUUGCGGCAGGUUAAUGGAGCGUAUUGUCCGACACAUUACGAAGUAUUACCACUGCAAAUCACUACCGUCUGGUGCGCUAAUAAAUUGAGCAUGUAUGUCAGUGUAUUCUCAACUUAUAACACAAUAACAUGGUAUAAAUAAUUGCUUAGGUAAAUUCAAAACAGUUAAAAUAACAAUGAAGGAAAAUUUAGUUGCAUGAAGAUGACAAAGUUUAAGAGUAAGGUAAAAUUUCCAAUUCAAUAAAAGUAUAUGUAGAAGUUCGUAUCAAAAUAAAAAUCUAAAUCUAUAAAUUUAAAUAUGCUCGCGUAAUUAUUCUAACAUUAUUAAAUAGCUGUGUCUAUAAAAAUUUUAAGUACAAAUUAGUACAAGUUAUAAAUUUAGGAUCUAAGAAUUGAAAGAGGUGUAGCGAUUUAGAUUGCUUGAGAUAGAUAUCGGUAUCUAGUGCCAGGAAAUAUUUACUUAUACGUAUAUCCUGUAAUUUACGAAUGUAAUGUUAUAAGAAUAAAAUUAAUCGUUUA